AUGAAAAAUUUAUGUAUCGAAUUGAAUGAUUUACCUGAUGAAAUUCUUUUGAUUAUAUUAAAAAACCUUGACAAUCUUGAGGUACUUUAUUCUUUUCAAGGAAUCAAUGAACGAUUUAAUAAAAUUAUACAUGAUCCAAUAUUUACAAGUCGUUUAAAUUUUCUCAAAUGGUCACCCAAUAAAUUUAUCAAUAAAUUUUCAGAUAUAAUAAUUGAUCAAUUUUGUUCGAAGAUUUUACCUAAUAUUCAUAUGAAAAUUAAAUGGCUAGAUCUUGAAUCAUCAUUUAUGAAAAAUAUUCUACAUGUUGCCGAUUAUCCUAAUUUAUAUGGACUCGGUUUAUAUAAUAUCGAAGAAGAGACAGCUAAAUAUAUUUUUACUGACGAAAAACUUAUAUCUUCUAUUUUUAAAAAUCAAAUUACAACACUUACUAUUGCUAUUGAUCCAGAUAAAAAAGUAUGGUCGACAAUGGAAAACAUAUGUAAUCAGAUUUUUACUGUAUUUAUCAAUUUAACUCAUUUAAUAUUUUGUGAUGCAUCAUAUAAAGAUAAUGUUCGAUUAUCAUUUAAAAUUCCAUCUCCUAAUUUUUCUUCUUCAUCUCUUUUGGUAUUAAAUAUCAAGGUUCAAACUUUUGAUGUAUGUCUUUAUAUUCUUGAUGGUCGUUUCGAACAACUUCAUACACUUCAUAUUGAAUUGGCUAAUAUUUCUUCUUCAUCAAAAGAAAUUGAAAAUCAAAGAAAAAUUUCAAAUCUUAAAUAUUUUGUUUUAUCUUGUUUGUUUAAAACAUCAUCUUACAAUGAAUUAAUUUUACCACUUCUUUAUCGAAUGUCAAAUUUAGAAAAACUUGGUUUGGAUCUAAAAGUCUCUGUUGAAGAAACAUUUAUUGAUGGACAUAAUUUAAAGAAAAAUAUUCUCAAUCAUAUGUCACAAUUAAAACAAUUUACAUUUGAUAUUCGUUCGGUUAUAUAUAUUAAUAAUGAAAUGAAUUUACCAUCAAAGGAAGAUAUUCAACGAACAUUCAAUGAUUUUCCAUAUACAAAAAUAAUAUCUUGUGUUGAUUAUUUUCUAGAGUAUAAAGAGGGUUUAUGUCAUAUUUAUUCAUAUCCAUUUUUAAUGAGACAUUACGAAAAUGUAACAAAUAAUUUUCCAGCUGGAUUAUAUCCAUAUGUUCGUGUUGUAUCAUUAUAUGAUGAAUAUCCUUUUGAACAUGAAUUUUUUAUUCGAAUAUCUCAAUCAUUUCCAUUUAUGGAAAAAUUAUUUAUCAAUAAUCGUUAUGCACAAAAUCAUAAACAAUCUUAUAAACUAAUGAAUGAUAAUCAGAAUUUAUCAAUUGUUAAAUAUAAUUAUCUUAUUGAACUUCAAAUAGACCAUCGAACUCAUGAUAAUUAUAUCGAAGAAUUUCUAUGUAAUAUGAAAACAUGUUUCCAAAAGAAUAUUCUUCUUGAUGUCCAAUAUGAAGCAUUACAAAGAGUAACACAUAAUUUUACAAGAGAUGAUACACGAAUUAAUUGUACCAAAAUAAAUCAACUAUGGAUAUAUGGAAAAUUUGAAUAUUCAAAAACUUUACAAGAUUAUUUUCCUUUUGCAAUUAUAGAUUGA